UUAGAAAGAGACAGGGCUUUGCAGCCACCAAUCGCUAUCACUUUUUUUAGCCGACCAUGUUUUUUUAUGUUAGUGCGUACAUAGUCCAUGCUAUAUGUCAAUAGUAAGCACCUACUAAUAUUUACUAUGACGCAAGAAUCAGUCCAAUUUCUAAGGUUAGGCCGGUUAGGCAUGCAAGAAAUUUGUAUUCGUUAUCAAUACAUAGUAUAGUAAUCUACAGAAAUCUGUCACAACAAAUUGUAUAAGAAAUAGACGGAAGCAGUAGUCUACUGAGACAUAGAUUUUUAAUUGUAUUCGAAGAUGUUUCGUGAAGCAGCCAAGAUCGUUAUUGACGAUAGCACAGCUCCAUCAGCUACAUAUGUUGUGAAUGUACGGAUGGAAGAUUUAUUAGACAAAUUGAAGCUGUUGAAUUACGACACAGAAUUUCUACAAGACUUGAAAAUGAAACCGAUAAAUAGGCACUACUUCGUUGUUCCUACAAAUCCUGGUGAACAGUUUUACAUGUUUACUUCCUUGGCUGCCUGGCUUAUACGAAAAAUUGGGAAAAAUUUUGAUCCUCCUCAGGAGUACGAUGAUCCCAAUUCCACAAUAUCACUUAUUCUAGAUCAUUUAAGAGAAAUUGGAGUAUCUGUAGAAUUCCCACCUAAUAAACUCAAACAAGGUGUAGGGGAACAUGCUGUGUAUGUUCUUGACAGUUUAGCAGAUGAAGCUCUAACAUUGUUAAAGUUCAAAUGGAAAAAGAUUGAAAUACCACCGGAUGAUCCAACGCCAGAACCGGAAAUUGAAGAUGAUGACGCUGAACUAAUUUUGGAAAAAGUUGAAGAGGAAAUGAUGGCUGAAUAUGAAGAAGAAGAUGAAGAGGAUGUUUUACACGUAGACGAUAUCACUAAACUAUAUGGGCGGAAUAUGUAUGAUGUACAGAAGCCUGAACACAUUUUGGAGUCUAAAACAGACACUGAAGAGUGGAGACUGGAAUUGGAGAGAGUCUUACCUCAACUGAAGGUUACAAUAAAAACAGAUUCAAGAGAUUGGCGUGCGCAUUUAGAUCAGAUGAAGCAACAUCGCUCCAACAUGAAUACUAGUCUUGCUGGCACCAAAGGUCAACUAGAAAAAUUACAUCUUGACAUUGGAAAUACUAUGGACAAAAUAAGAACGAGAGAAAUGUAUCUGAACCGACAACUAGAGCCUAUUCUUCAAGAAUUCAGAACUCUUCAGGAAGAAUUAUCCAAAGUUAAGGAACAGUACAGGGACGUAAGUGGUGGAGUAACAGAGCGAACAAGGGUCCUGAAUAAAUUGACGGAUGAACUAGAACAAGUUAAAAGAGAAAUGGACGAAAGAGGUUCCAGCAUGACUGAUGGAACUCCUCUAAUUAAUAUCAAAAAGACAAUCACAAAAAUGAAGUCUGAGAUUUCUGAAAUGAACGUUCGCAUUGGGGUAUUGGAGUACAGUCUGAUGUGUGCACGAGUGCGCGAUCGAACUCAGCUACAAGAAGACAUGAACAUUACAAAUAGUUCCGUGAUGAUAUAAUAAAAUCAUCAUAAUACUCAAAGUCCUUAAAUCUGUCCAUCUACAUUACUAUAUGUGAGUUUUUUUAAUAUGAAUUAUGUAAUCAAAUCUAGUCUUAUACUAUAAUAGUUAUCAAUGACUCUAGUCUAUGCAUAAAUUGUGUACCAAAAUACAUAUUUGGUAACAAUUAUAAUGUUUUCCCGUGAUAAGUCCAGGGUCCAAGGACUUUAGGUCCACACGGAAUUAUAUCGAGUGCUAUAGAUACUGUUAUUAAUUUAUAUUCAUUAUAUUGCACUAAUUUAUCCGUGAACUGACCUGGGAACAAUUGUACAAGUUUAUUUGUUAUUCAAAAUGAUAAAACACAGACGUCUCCAAAGUUACGAUACUUAAGAAUUUGUCUCAAAUAACAUAGCAGUGAAAAGCAAACAUAUAAUUAUGGGGAUAGCAGAUUUGUCAGUGUCUAGAGAAAUUAGAGCCUGCAUUAAUUGGAUACACCGAACUAUAGAAAAGUCUUAUGAUAAGACUUAUAGGAGAUAAUCAUGUAAUGCAAACGUGUCUCAGGCAGUUAGUACAAUGAGCUUAUUAUCAUAAAACACAAUUUGAUAGACUUUUGGAAGUAGUAAAGGGCAAAUGUAAAAAAUGUCGGCAGAAUGUAAAAGCGACGCUACAUAAGAAUUUAACAUUUUAAUUCCUAUCUAUGAUCUUUGCCCUAAUAACGCGACGUCAUUAGAGAAAAAUGUAGCACAUUCCAAAGGACCUUUUUCAGAAUUUUCACCGUUAAUUACUGCGCCACCUCGCACUUGUGAACGUUCGCUGUACUUACUACUGACGUUCGGUUUAAAGAGACACUGACAGUAAAAAAACUGUUUAGCUUCAAACUUUACAAUUGGUUUAAUAAUGAUAUGAUAGAAUUCCAAAAAUUCUAUACAUGCAAUUUUUUAAAUUUGUUUUUUGCUUUAAUAAAUAAUUGUUUAGAUAUUUUA